CAACUGCAGUGUGGCGCUGAAUGAAGACCCAACAACAACAACAAACAAUAACAGCACGAAUUCAUUGAUAAAUACGUAGCAACAAAAAGUUGCGCAUACGCCGCGUGUGCUCUCACAUUUUACGACCGCUCUCUCGGUUACUCUCUCGCUAUCGCUCUCUCGCUCUCGCACGCGAUCGUAAACAAAAUGAACUCACCACAGCUGGUGAAUACGGCAGCGCAAGCUCACCACAGCAGCGGCAACAACAAUAAUAAUAACAACAGCAACAGCAACAGCAACAAUUUAAAUACACAAACGAGUGCAAAUAAAUUUGCGCCUGCACGUAGACUAGCUGCCCGGCAAACUCUGCGUCUGGCAAUACCAAAGCAACAGGGUGACUCAGUCAAUUUGCCACAGUCUGGCAGCAUUUAUCGCCAGUCGCCGUCGCAUUUGCCACCAGCGCCACUUUUAAAGCGUCACACAACAACAACAGCAACAUCAACUGGUGGCAACAGUUUUAUACCCAAAACAGCAUCACCUUUGGAAUCCCACAAGCUGCCCAAUGCCACGCCCAGUGGCAGCACUACGCCAUUGCUGUACAAUGGCAACCCUGGCAGCGCCUCCUCCUCCUCUUCGACGCCCUCAGCCAAUUUUCUGGCUGUUCGUAAGCCGAGUCUCACUCUCAACUCGUCGGACAUACGCAACAACAACGAUUUGUUUGCCUUUGCCAAGGAUAUGUCGCCAGCCCUGGAAUUGACAGAUCACACGCAUUCUCCUAUGUUUACGGAUAUUAGCACUGCCAUUUCGCCAGCCAACAGCAAUGGUUCUCCAACACCAUCCCAUCAUCAUCAGCUGGGCAGACUCUUCAGCCUGAGUCCCAAUAGCAUGAGAAGCUACGGAAAUCUGUGAUUUUGCAUACGCUGUUGACCCACAGCCAAAAGCUUUGCAAACACAAACAAAAGUCCGAGCGUCUUUCUGUCCCACAUUUA